AUAAGUUUCAAAACUUUGCACGGUAUGGAUUGUGUUUAUCCUCAACCACGGUUUGUUGCUUCAGUCUUCCCGCAUGGAAAAGGGAAGGCUUUAACACCCAAACUGGGUUGUCUGAAAUCCGACCAAUUCCCUAGUUGUAGCUCACUUGAUUCUUUGAAGUACUGUGGGAGUAUACUCAAACUUAAAGUGGAGUUCAGGAUUCCAUCACUGAAUACGGCUCCAGACCAUCCUUUGGUUGUCAGAUGCAACCAUCCCCAAAAUGCUGAUUUGCCCAAGUACCUCUCAAAGAAGGAGAAGAAGCCUUUUCCGACACCCAUACUGGAGCUAAGGCGAGCUGCCAGGGAGAGAUUCAAGAAUAGUAGAGGCAAACCUAAAAGACCAGUCCCUCCCCCUAAGAAUGGAUUGCUUGUCAAAAGUCUUAUUCCACUUGCAUACAAUGUGUUGAAUGCAAGAACAUUGUUGAUCAACAAUCUCAAAAAGCUCUUAAAAGCAGUACCUAUACAUGCUUGCAAGGGUUGUAACGAAAUCCAUGUUGGACCUGUUGGGCACCCAUUCAAGUCAUGUAGAGGUCCAGGAGCUCCAGCACGUAAGGGAGUUCACGAUUGGACAAAUGCAUUUGUUGAAGACAUAUUGGUCCCACUGGAAGCCUACCACCUUUACGAUCGACUCGGAAAGCGCAUACCUCAUGAAGAGAGAUUUUCAAUACCCCGGGUUCCAGCAGUAGUUGAGCUCUGCAUCCAAGCUGGGGUAGAUUUACCUGAAUAUCCCACAAAAAGGAGGAGGAAACCCGUAAUCCACAUUGCAAAGAGCGAAUUUAUUGAUGCAGAUGAAAGUGAUCUACCGGAUCUUGACCCAGAAGCUCCAAAGAUACCGUUAUUAACUGAACUACCCAAUCAAGAGAUAGUACCGCCAUCAAAUGAUGAAGAGAUUGCCUUUCUUGCUGAGGAAACCCUCCAAGCAUGGGAAACAAUGAAGAGAGGAGCGAAGAAGCUAAUGGGCGUUUAUCCGGUUAGGGUUUGUGGAUAUUGCAGUGAGGUUCAUGUGGGGGCGUGCGGACACAAGGCACAGAACUGUGGAGCCUACAAGCACCAGCAACGGAAUGGGCAGCACGGGUGGCAGAAGGCGGUGAUUGACGAUUUGAUACCGCCAAGAUAUGUGUGGCACGUUCCUGAUUUGAAUGAGCCAGGUUUGCAAAGAGAGCUUAGGAACUUCUAUGGUCAAGCCCCUGCGGUGGUGGAAAUCUGUGUGCAGGGUGGUGCUGCUGUCCCUGAGCAAUACAAGUCCACUAUGAGACUGGAUAUAGGGAUUCCUGCAACUCUAGUGCACUCUGUUAAUGGGGACUCUCUGGGUUUGGCAAAUGACUUUCUUUGUUUUGGAUUUAUUCCUGAGGGGGUUGGCAUAAAAGCAGUUUCGGAUGCCUUGCAAUCAUCCUUUGGCGAUGGGACCAGACAAUCUCGAGAUUUCCAGGCCAUAAUUGACCAACUGUAUGAUGUGAUGUAUGAGUUUAACUUCUCUCUCCCGCCUGACUAUGCCCUGGUUAUAAGAGCACUGGGAUAGCUUGAAGGGACUGCAAAAGCUUGGAUCCUGAUUUCAAAGUUGUUGAGAGUGCAUAUCCUUUUGUCAUUGGGAGACAUUUGGCAGACCCAACUCCCAAUAUGAGCAGAAUAUUGAUGGAACUUUUUAUCUGUAGUGAUGGCUCUAUG